CCACCAUUGUUUCAGGAAUAAUGGGGAUUGUGGUCAUAUGCGUUGUGUUCGUCAUCUGCUGCUGCUGCCCCUGCUGCUGUAUCUAUAAAAUGUGCAGAAAACCCAGACGUAAGUGUUUUAGUGUCAAUAGAACGUUACAAUGUUACUUUCCCACAGCUGUGGUAGGAGGAACGCAUAUAACCACAGUCAUGAACACACAAUGCAUUCAGCAGCAACAGCCUGUCAUGCAGCCCGCUCAGUAUCCAGCAUACCAGCCUGUGCCGACUCAACCGGGAUACGGCGCUCAGCCGUUGCAGACGGGACCAUAUCAGGGACAGCCAUACGCACCAGGACCCCCACCACCAUACCACAUGGCCGCAAACCCUGGAUAUCCGAGUGUUCAGGCUCCAUAUGACGGAAGUCAGGCAGCGUACCCCAUGAUGCCCCCUGCCCAGCCCGAUAUCGCUUAUCAGCCCCCAGAGAAAUCCGAUCAGCCGGCCUAUAACCCCGCCUACAUGCAGCCACCGAAGACCGAUACUAAGAUAAGAUACUAA